AAUUGAACCAGAUAUUACUACAGACAACUCGGCCUAUCACGAGCUCAAAAGCUUCCUGGAAGAGAGCUCCAUCAUGUGCACCUUCUCCCACCCCAAUGUCCUGGGGAUGGAGGGAAUCUGUCUGGACGAGGAGAGUCAGUCUCCCUACCUCAUUCUCCCGUUCAUGAGCAACGGAGACCUCAAGACUUUCCUCAGGAAGAAACGUGGCGUCAAUAAUAUGGUGGACCUCACUUAUCCUGACGAGCUGAGUCACGACACUCUGUUGGGCAUGUGCUAUCAAAUAGCCUGCGGAAUGGAGUACCUC